CACGGUCGCGUUCGGACUUCGGAAGCUUCUCGAGACCGCCUCCGCCCCUCGAGCCCUAGAAAAAGGUACUGCUCCAAUCCGAGAGGCGAUAUCGCGGCUCUUGAUUUCUGAUAGAACCCUAGUUUCCUCGAGGUGUCUCAUCCGAUUUGCUCCGCCGAGAUCAGCAUGGGAAGAGGCUACGAUUACAGUCCCUCACCUCCAAGAGGUUACAGGAGAAGAGCUCGCAGUCCAAGUCCUCGUGGUCGUUAUGGGGGCCGUGCUAGGGACCUCCCAACUAGUCUUCUAGUAAGGAAUCUUCGCCGGGAUUGCAGGCCUGAUGACCUCCGUAGACCAUUUGGAAAAUUUGGUCGUGUUAAAGAUGUAUAUCUUCCAAGGGAUUACUACACUGGGGAUCCUCGAGGAUUUGGAUUCAUCCAAUAUUUUGAUCCUGAUGAUGCUGCUGAUGCAAAAUACCAUAUGGAUGGGCAGAUGUUUCUUGGAAGGGAAAUUACUGUUGUUUUCGCAGAGGAGAACAGAAAGAAGCCCACUGAGAUGAGAGCAAGGGAAAGAGUCAGUGGCAGAGGCCGUUCUUAUGAUCGGAGGUUGCGCUCAAGGUCACCUGGCUACUCUGGCUCUCCAAGAGGUAGAUCACGGUCCCGGAGCAGAAGCUACUCACCAGCACCUAAGCCAAAGCACCAUUCAAGAUCCCCGUCUCGAUCUUUGUCGCGCUCACCAGUGGACAGCAGAUCAAGGAGCGCGAGCCCUGCUGUUAGGUCUCCUCGCAGGGAGAGGUCUCUUUCUGUGAGCCAAUGAAAUUGGCUCAGUAGUACUACUUGCAUGGUGCAGUUGCUGUUACACUGAACGGAACCGUAUAUGAUCCUGGUGCUUUUGGUCACCCUACUCUAGGAGUGUUUAAGAAAGACAUGUAUGGUUUAUUCGAAGACCUCUGUUUUGAGAACGAAUGUACCUGUUUACCGGGUGCAGAUUUGGAGUGAUUUAUGACCCUAAUAUGGCUCAAUGCAUUGUUUUUCGAUUGCUA